AAAUGUAUUUAUUUUACUAAAUAAUCAAUUUACAUCUGUUGUCAACGACUUUAAUCUCUUGUAAAUUCCAGAAUGGAUGGUUCUUCAGCAAAGAAAUCUACCUCAUUGGAGACUUUAGUCAUUCAAAAUAUAACUAAUCUCAAUGAAUUAAAAACAAAACUGAGUGACAUUAUAAAUAAUGGGAGAGAUUACGAAUAUGAUGUUUCUUCAUGCUUAAAAACAUUAAUAAACAGUUCAGAUCAGGAUAUCGUUCUACUUACCAUUCAAGCCAUCUCCGAACUUACGAAAUGUGAGACUAAAAGGGAGAGUUAUGCUCAGAAAGAUUUAAUACAACCUAUUAUUAGGAUACUGCAUACUGAAGUAAAUUCAGGCAAAACAGAGCUCUUGAAACAAUCUUGCAGAGCGCUGGGAAACUUGUGUUGUGAUUGUGAUACCUCGAGAAAGAUUUUAUUAGAAUGUAAUGGUGUUUGUGAGUUAAAGAAAUUAGUUGAACAAACUUUAAAAAAUAAUGAUGCACCUCACAAUGAAAUAAAAUUAUUGGCCUGUAAGUGUUUAUUAAAUUUUGCAAUUGGUGGACAAGAAUUCUCAGAGAUGAUAGUGCAGGAAAACUUGAUAGAAUUGCUGCAUAGAAUCCUUGAUUUGGAACUCAAUAACGAUGACAUGAGUGAUGAAAUGGUUUCUACUUCGUUGCUGAUAUUAAGUGUUAUUAGUGAUAAUGAUCCAGAGAUUUUGUUUGACGAUAAGGUCAAUAAAGCUGUAUUAGAUGUACUUCGUGAAACAAAUAAUGUGGAGAUAUCUGAACUAUGUCUAGACCAUUUGCAUGCACAGGCAGAACAUGAUGGUGUCAAAACAUUAAUAGCAAAUGAAGGAGGAUUACAGCUGGUCUGUACUCGAUUAGAACAGCUUAUGAUGAAAUGUGACAAUGGAGACCUGGAAGCUGAUGAAUCUGAGGUGGAGGCUAUUGUAAAACAAGCCUGUGACCUGAUCAUCAUAGUCCUUACUGGUGGUGAGUUUUUGUUUUAUUUGUAAUUUUCUGUCUGGUCUUGAAGACCAAUAACAUCCUGAUACAGGCAUUAAUUAUACUUACUAGGAAAGUUAUCUCAGACAGAUAUUCACAAUUGGUUGGUUAUAUAAAUAAACAUUUUGUUUUUUAUUUAAUUAUAUUUGUUAUAGUCCUAAAUAACAACCAAAUAAUAAUAUCUUAAAUAUUAG